GCAAGCGAAUCGUCCUUUGUGCUCAAGAUGGUGCAACGAUCCAAACCUGAUCAAUCGCGAUCCAACGGAGUCAGCGAUGUUGCUGCUCCUUUCUUGGGCUCGCCUCCCGAGCACAGCAUGGUUUUUGAUGCCAAGGAUGUGUUGGAUAUCUCUGUAGCAGACGUGUCGCCAGCUGAUGUCACAACAAAAACAUCGAAGGGAGCUUCCGCUGGCUUUAGAACUGAUUCCGAUAUUUCUGGAAACCUCGCGACCCUUUGAAGCCAAUGAGCGCCUUUUUGGUGCCACGAGUAAUUACGAUGAAACCUACUAUACUACCACAAUCGACCGUUCCGACCCAGCCUAUAAGCGGAAGGAGGCCGAGGCCGCUCGUAUUGCUCGUGAAAUUGAAGGCGCCGACACGGACAAUCCUCAUCUCAGGGAAGAAAGAGGAUUGGCACCGGCUCAGGGUGUAGCCGAGGAUGAGGAGGAGAAGUACAGCGGCGUUCGUCGCGAUGAGAAGAAUUUCCCACCUCUCGUGUCUGGGCAGCCGAACAAGUACACUCCGCCGGCGCGGCGACAAGCUGCUGCUGCCGCUGCCGCUCAGCAACCCGCUACGACUGCCGGUACGCCCUCGAAGCAGCCAGCGGCCCCGGUUCCAACACAGGCUAAGGAACAGGCACCUCCUAAACCCCAGCCAGGACCGUCGACCGCACCAGCUAAAGCGACCACUGACACGCAGCAGAAGUCCGUUCCCGACAAGGCUGUCGCAACAACGACUCCUGCGCCAGCGCCAAAACGGGCGGCGGACAACGCUACUGCCAACGUGGAAGCCGAGGUGCUAGACCACUUCCGGCAAUUUGCCAACAAUGAGAAACUAAAAAUGCAGGAGCGCCGCCGGAACCAGGUUUCUUAUGAUCGUAAUGUCAAGUUGAAUGAACUAAUGAAGUUCUCAAAGAAUUUCAAACUUGCUACCCCGGUCCCGAAGGACCUGGUGCCCAUUCUCGCAAAAGACCCUAACAAGCAGGAGCUGAUUAUCAACCGAGCUCAGGUGCCAAAUGAAGACGAAAAAACGGCCAGUAGUAGGGCCACUCCAGUCACAGCUGACCAAAAGCCCGCGCCACCUCGUGGCCCAGGUCCUGCGAGUGGAGCAGUGCCUCCGCAGGCGCAAUCGAAUCUCAACCGUGGCCGCCAGAUGUAUCCUCCCACAGGACCCAACGCUGGACCAGGUGGGCGAUUCCAGAAUCAAGCACCGCAACCGGGCCGCCCGGGCACCGGCAUGCUCAGCCACCGUCUCGCAGACAACCUACAGCAGCGAAAGGGAGCCGCCGUGGGACCUGUCCCGGCACCCUUGCCCAUUCAGGAUGCCCGUCUGCCUCCCUCGGGCCCUGCUGGCGAGCGAUCCGGUGUCAGCAGCCCGAACAAGACACCAGGAUCUACGAAGUUCAAUGUCAGGGCUAUGGAGUUCAAGCCUAACCCGGCUGCGAGCUCGUUCACUCCUGGCGCUGCAGCAAGUCCGCAGCCUGCCUUCAGAGGCCGCUCCAUCUCUCGCGCCGCAAGCCCGUCUGUUUUCUUCGGAACGAAAAAGCCCCGUUCCAUUACCGAACGGCCAUCUCUUAACGAUCAAUUUAACCCCAUUAAACGGAUGAAGAAAGAGACUGCCGAGCAGGCGGACAAAUUAUCCUUUAACGGUGGCAUUCCUCCGGCUUAUAGGACUAUGCCAACCUGGGACCCCCCUGCCGGCAAUAAUGAAAAGACUUACUUGCAAAUGUUCAAGCCGCCGGCCACCGUGCCGGGCAUGUUCCCUCAGCACCGUGCCGGCUCCAACCCUCAGCUGCCUCAUCAACCUCAGAUGCCAUUCCCAUUCCAGCAAGCGGCUCCGGGUAUGCCCCCGGUAUCUGGCCCACCACACGGACCCCAUCUUCAUCCUCAACAACACCACUCCGUGCCUCCUCAUUUCGACGAUCCUCCUCACAAAUGUUCCCAUCCCCCAGACUACAGCACAACCACGUCGCUUAUCCAUCUCCUCUGGCCCCGCAUGCGCAGCUGGCGUUCCAGCAGCCCAUGCCUCAAUUUUACAUGAAUCAGGGGGCGCCUCCGCCCCCUCACAUGAGGCACUACCCGGGUGCCCCACAGUUCGUCAAUCCACAGGGAGCUAUGGC